GUUGACCCAGGACUGGAGAAGCGCAACAGGAGGAUUCGGGUGUUGACCCAGGAGAACCGGAGAAGUGGUGCUUCACCUUGAGAUCUCCGGGUCAAACUCGGAGAGAUCCCAGGCUGAGCAUGGUGGGGGUCACAGAAGCUGGCAUGCCAUUGAUUGCCCGUCCUUGGUCGAAGCACUGGAGUUUAACGCGUCACGUCUUUUGUGCUGAGCUGCUGUUUCUUCACACAAGAGGGGGCACCGGAAGUGAAGUUCAUUCUCAUUUGCCAAAUCCACCCAUAUCCACUGAGUCGGACCACGUCUGCAGGAGAGGGAGUUAUACAUAGUGAGGGAGAGUGUGUGAGCGAAAGAGCUGACAGAAGGAGAGAGCUCCGCGUGAGGAGAGGAGAGGAGAGGAGAGGUGGCUGUAUGACUGAAUGUAGUUAGAGCAGGGCGACUCGUUCCCGGUUUGGAGGAGGGAGACUGGUGCCCGGUUAGGAGGAGGGAAGUGUGUGUGGAGUUGCAGAGUAAGUUUGGGCGCACAAAGCACACAGCAGCUCAGUCUGAGGGAGAGCGGGGAGAGCAGACACCCGGGAUGGAGGCUGUGAGAGCAUUCUGGGUAUGGCUCCUGCUGUGCUCCAUAUCCAGAUGUAAAUCUUCCAAGUUCAGUCCAGAGGCCUGGCUACAGCAGUAUGGGUAUCUGCCUCCCGGAGACCUCCGUACGCACACCCUGCGUUCCCCACAGUCCAUGAAUGAAGCAAUCGCUGCCAUGCAAAGGUUCUAUGGGCUCACUGUGACAGGCAAAAUAGACAGCAACACCGAGAGGGCAAUGAAGAGGCCACGAUGCGGAGUUCCUGACAAGUUUGGGUCUGAGAUUAAAGCAAAUGUGAGGCGGAAGCGAUACGCUAUCCAGGGUCUGAAGUGGCCACACAGGGACAUUACUUUCUGUAUACAGAAUUACACACCCAAGGUGGGCGAGUACGAAACACAUGAUGCAAUUCGAAGAGCCUUUAAAGUCUGGCAGAGUGUAACCCCACUGCGGUUCAGCGAGGUUCGAUAUGUGGACAUUCAAAGUGGACAUGCCAAACAUGCUGACAUCAUGCUUUUCUUUGCUGAGGGAUUCCAUGGGGAUAGCACACCCUUUGAUGGUGAAGGUGGAUUCCUGGCACACGCAUAUUUCCCAGGAAAUGGCAUUGGUGGGGACACUCAUUUUGAUUCAGCAGAACCAUGGACAACCAGGAAUGACAAUCUUGAUGGUAAUGAUCUCUUCUUGGUGGCUGUGCAUGAACUGGGGCAUGCAUUAGGCUUAGAACAUUCCAAUGAUCCAUCAGCCAUCAUGGCCCCAUUCUACCAAUGGAUGGACACACAGAACUUUCAGCUUCCAGAAGAUGACCGCAGAGGAAUCCAACAGCUGUAUGGAAGUGGGCAUGGAGAAGGCCUCCCAACACGUGCUCCCCGUCCCACAAGGCCACCCAGACCAACCCAGAGUCAGGAACCAGAUGUUGUUCCUGAUGACCCUAAUCAUCCUACGUAUGGACCAGAUAUCUGCCAAGGCAAUUUUGACACCAUUGCUGUUUUGAGGGGGGAGAUGUUUGUUUUCAAGGAACGCUGGUUUUGGCGUGUUCGUAAUAAUCGUGUGAUGGAUGGUUACCCCCUGCCUAUUGGACAGUUCUGGCGUGGUCUCCCUAAUUCUAUUAACUCAGCAUAUGAACGCAAGGAUGGAAAAUUUGUCUUUUUCAAAGGAGAUAAGCACUGGGUGUUUGACGAGGCCAUUCUUGAACCUGGAUAUCCCAAGUCAUUGAAGGAACUGGGUCGGGGACUCCCCAGUGAUAGGAUUGAUGCAGCUCUCUACUGGAUGCCCAAUGGCAAGACCUACUUUUUCAGGGGAAACAAAUACUAUCGCUUUAAUGAGGAAAUGAGGGCAGUGGACCAAGAUUAUCCUAAAGCAAUCAAAGUGUGGGAAGGCAUACCUGACUCUGUCCGAGGGGCGUUCAUGGGUAGUGAUGGAGCUUUCACCUAUUUUUAUAAGGGUAACAAGUAUUGGAAAUUUAACAACCAACAACUGAAGACCGAGUCUGGCUUCCCGAAAUCUGUUUUGAUCGACUGGAUGGGCUGUAGUGGUGUCCGGCCACCCAAGGAGGAUGAUGAUGACAGGGAAGUGGUAAUCAUUGAAGUGGAUGAGGCCAGCGGUGGUAUUAGCGCAGCAGCUAUUGUGGUUCCUGUCCUCCUCCUGCUCUGUGUUCUGAGUCUUGGACUGGCUGUUAUCUUAUUCAGGCAAUGUGGAACUCCCAAGAGGCUCUUAUACUUGCAGCGUUCCCUGCUGGACAAAGUCUGAGACCCUACAGAGUUGAACCCUCCCCUCAUCGCUGCCUCUCCAUCCCUUCCACACACACCCCUCACACAGACAAUGAGGAGCAGUUUAAGCCCUUGGGGUUGGAAGGGGAGAGGAUGGUGCAAUUUGUACCAUCUUGGCCUCUUGUUAAGCAGGCAUGUGGUGAUGUGUUUAACCCCUUCACUUUCAGACUGGAGCCACAUCUUCACGGGUACAGGAUUUUUUUGUUACAAUUGAUAAAAAGCCCAGCUGCCACCUACAAGGAUUAGUGCAAAGCAAAAACAAACCCAGAGUUAUUAAAUGAGCUAAUGCCAGUUUGUGAUUUCAAUAUCUGCACCUGCCCUCAAACAUUCUAUCAAUAUUGCUUCAUUGAUCUUUUGGAACAGUAAAGUAAACAUAAGACUUUCUCUUUUAAGA